AGGGGUGGAGGGAAGGGGGGAGGGGCUCGUCACUGAACAAAAUUAGCAUAUACUACGUCAUCCUUGGUCCCUUCGAUUGCAACCAGUCUGGAUUGCAACCUUGACUCCAGCUCUUCUCAUAUCGGCCCCUUGCACUCUCGUCUCCGAGCCCAAAUAGCCGUUCACAAUGCCUAACUACAAACUGAUCUACUUCAAUACCCGAGGUCGUGCCGAACCAACAAGACUGUGCUUUGCUGCCGGCGGGAUACCGUACGAAGACGUUCGUUUGACGGGAGAAGAAUGGACGAAGAUGAAAGCAGAGAAUAAGACCAUCAUGGGAUACCUACCUGUUCUGGAGGUUGAUGGGAUCCAGUAUUGUGAGUCUAUGGCAAUCUUCAGACUUGCAGCAAAGCUUGCAGGCCUUUGCCCAACGUGCCCUUAUGAACAGGCCCGAUGUGACAUGGUAGUAGAUUGUUCAAGUGACCUGUUUGCAAAAGCCAUGAAGUUUUUCUUUGAGAAAGACCAAGAACAGAAGAAAAAGUUGCAGGAAGAAUUCAAGGAACAACACCUUAACAAGUUCUGGGAUAUCAUGGAGAGACUUCUAACUGCAAAAUGCAACCUUGAUGGCUCGGCCCAGUACUUUGUGGGCAAUAAGUUGACAUAUGCAGAUAUCAUUCUUUUCUCUACCAGUGAUACAUUUGAGUCAAUGUUCCCUGGUAUGUUGGAAAACUUUCCCGGAUUAAGGGAUCUGUUCAAGCGUGUUGGCGAAAACCCUGGAAUCAAAGCAUGGAUUGAGAAGCGGCCUAACAUGUAGACAUCACUGCUGAUUCGUACCCAGUCUACAUCUCUGAUUCGUACCCAGUCUACAUCUCUGAAGUACUAUGGGGUAGUGUAAAAUGUUAAAGAAAUGGAUGAAAAUUUCAUACAUCCGCCCCACAAUUCUAUCUCGGGUUAUGUGCUGGGUACAAAUCCGUGUUGAUAAGUAAUAUUGUAUCAUGAUUUUUUAACAGCAGGUAUCUUAAUAAAACCUUGAACACAGCUAA